AUUAAACGUCAAAAUCUGUGUCUUCCUCUUCACAAUUCAUAACACCUUUCAUUUUACGAAAAGUUUUUAAAUAGAAGCAAAGAAAACAAUAAUAAAUUUUUUGUGUCAAUUUCACAACUAAAUUAUUUGUUAAACUAAAAUCAAAAUGAAGGACUUAUCACCUGUCGACACAGCUAAAAAAACUCCCAAGUUAUCCUUUGUCUCAAGGAAUCUAGUCGCAAUUGUUAUGAUUCCAGCAAUAAUUGGAAUGCACUAUGGAUGGGCUCUAUUACAGGAUAACAAGGCUCUUGUAACGGAAGAGGAAAAGAUAGACUUACCUAUCAUCACAGGUGCUAAAUAUUUGUGGGGAAAGUUGUCUUCAAAGGAUCCUUUGUCUAAGUAGUCUCGAUGGUUAGAUAAUCACAAUUGUUCUUUUUACCAACUCCUAAAUAAAAUACUGUUAAAGCUUUGUUGAAA